AUGUGCAUAGAUCUACUUGAUUUUAACCAUUUUUAAAGUUUAACGAGAAACUUUCCGGUUGCCGCCCUCAAAUCUCCUAUCUGAUAUUAUCGUGGCCCCUGUUACAGGGUAUAAUGGCCUGCUACUGCCCUGUAGGCUCAAGAUCUACAGCCCCCUUCUCAUUCUUUGGUACCCUAACUUUCUCUCUCGACAAAAUGCUCCUCAAAAAGACCGACCUCCAUUUGACCCAUUCCAUCUUCCCUUUUCCCACUCUCAUACCUCCACCCCCAACUUUCUCUCUCUAAACAAUGGCUCUCGGCAUGCCGUUAACCAUUGUUCCCAUUCUCUCUCUUUCAUGGCUUUGGUAACUUUCCAUCAGAAGGUUUUUUCUCCUGCUUGGGGAAAGUUAUUUUCAUCUGUGUCUUUCAGAAGAAGCUACCACAAUAAGACCUUGAAGAUGGGUCAUGAAAGCAAGCGGGUUUUCCAGCUAAAAAUGGAUCCUUUGAGUGGAAACAUAGAGUGGGUUGUUGUUUCAGAAGCUGAAGAGGAAGAAGAACCAAAGUCUCUCCUUUCUUCGACUUCGUAUCUCGAUAUGCUCAACGAUUCUCGUAGGAACAGGGCUUUUCAUGAAGCUAUCAAGAAGACCAUUACCAGGCCUUGCCAUGUUCUCGAUAUUGGAGCAGGAACUGGUUUGCUGUCGAUGAUGGCAUCAAAGGCAAUGCAUGAAUUGGACAAAUCAGAAUUUAGCUCAACACAUGGAAUGGUAACAGCUUGUGAAGCUUAUCUUCCAAUGGUGAAAUUGAUGAAGAAAGUAUUGCGUGCCAACGGUAUGGAGAAUCAAAUACGUGUUAUUCACAAACGUUCCGAUGAAUUGGAAGUUGGUGUAGACAUCCGUUUACGUGCAAAUAUAUUAGUUAGUGAGAUAUUGGACUCAGAAUUACUUGGUGAGGGACUAAUACCAACUCUGCAACAUGCGCAUGAUACAUUGUUAACAUCAAAUCCCCAAACUGUUCCAUACCGAGCUACUAUCUAUGGCCAGUUAGUUGAAUGUGCAUUUCUACACAAGAUGCAUGAUUUAUACAGUAAUGAAGCCCUUGCCUCAGAUGAUAUUCAUCUAGUUCCCACUGGAUUAGAGACAGCUAUCUAUGUCAAACCACAACAAUACCCAUUUCAUUGCAGUCCAUUAUCUAAAGAUAUCAAAGCGCUUUCAGAACCGUACAAGAUUUUUACUUUUGAUUUUUGGAGAAGGCCUGACAGCUAUGCAGAGAAUGAGGUGAAGAUAAAAGUGAAUUGUGACGGCAAUGUUCAUGCCGUUAUUUCGUGGUGGGUGCUUCAGUUAGAUUCUGAUGGAACAAUCUUCUAUUCGACAGCGCCCUCGUGGAUAAAUUCAUCUUGUGACAAUCCAGAAGUUCUCAGAGGUUUUCCUGGUGCUUCUGAUUGGUGUGAUCAUUGGAAACAGUGUGUUUGGGUCUGUCCAAGGAUGGGUAUGCCUGUAUCCAAGAAUGAGCAAGUUCUUAUUCAAGCCAUUCAUGAAAAAACUAGCUUUCGGUAUAAUCUCAGGAAAAUUAGUGUACCAAGUAAAGAGUUGGGGCCUUGCAAUUUUCAUAUUAGAGACAAUUCAUUAGUACUCUCACCGGAAAGGAUUGCAAUAUAUGGUGACCAAGAUUGGAGACUUUCCAUGUUAACUACUGCAACAAAGGCAUUGCAGAAAAAGAAUUCCCCAUUAUGUGUUGUUGCAGAUGAUAGUGUGUUCUGGACAAUUCUUACUGCCUCGCUUUCAACAAGUUCAAAUGUUCUUUCAAUGCUUCCUGGACUUCACAUGAAGGGUAGCCAAUACUUACAUGCUGUUGCAAAGGCUAAUGGCAUUGAUAUCGAUCGUGUCAAAGUUCUUGGCAAAAGGGCCUCUAGCCUGACAAUGGAUGAUACUGAUCAGAGAAAGGUUGACUUGUUAGUUGCUGAACCUUUCUAUAAUGGAAAUGAAGGGAGUCUUCCUUGGCAGAAUUUACGCUUUUGGAAGGAAAGGACUACAUUGGAUCCAAUAUUAUCCAAAGAUGCUGUGAUCAUGCCCUGUAAAGGAAUCCUAAAAGCAUGUGCAAUGUUUCUUCCAUGUAUUGUGGCUGGCCUUAUUAUACAGGAUUUAUGGAGAAGCCGUCGAUGUCUUGGAAGCAUUGAAGGGUUUGAUCAUUCAGUUGUAAAUAAGACUUUAGGAGGUUGUGGUGAUUUACCUGCGCCAGAGGAAGGUCCCUGGCUUCCUUUUUUUAUUUGGCAAUGCGGCGAGACUGAGGAACUCGCUGAGGUGUUUACAGUUAUGGAAUUCAAUUUCUUAGAGCCAAUUAGAAAAUGUUCAGGGCAAACCAAGAUUCAAUUCAACAAGAAUGGAAUUUGUCAUGGAUUUGCACUUUGGAUUGAUUGGGUCAUGGAUUCAAGCAACACAAUUGUCAUAUCAACUGGACCAGCUCGGAAAUAUUGGAAACAAGGGGUGAAGCUUCUCAGCAAGCCUGUUUCAGUGAGAGAGUACUCAUGGGCAGAAGUUGAUGGAUACUUUGAUCCCUCAAAUGGUGAACUUAUUUUGAAGCCCACUUUUUCCUCGCCAUGAAUCGGGCUUUAAAAAACCCAACUGGUAUUGUUCCUGCUCCGGUCAGGUCUCUAAAUGAUAUGGUUGUUUCUUUGGGAAGAAUCAUUAUCAUACACCAAUUUUGUGCGGGAUAUAAUACCCAAAAUGGCAUCCAACAUCCAUUGUCAAGGCAAGACGGUGGAGAUUAACAAUAAGGGGCACAUUGGGAUAUUCACAUGGGUACAGUUGUUCUCCAUCAUUGACUCGUCGCGGACUUUUGAUGCCCCAUCUCGUAACCAUUUACUUUACUCCAUUGUUGUAUGAUGCGUUUCCCUUAUUUAUUUGUAUAUCCAAGUUUAAUUUGUCUCUUAUUAUUUUGCCUGAUAUAAUAAGAUGGAGUUAAUGCUAAUGCAGGUGCAAUCUAUCAAGUAGAUUGAACCCCUUGCCUCCAACCCCCAUAUGUAUAUGAUACGAAGUAAUUUUGACAGUUUUGUGCUG